AUGGCGGGGCCGGAGCUUGCGGGAUCCAUCACCGGCGUAGGCGGGGAGCCCUCGGGCGCCGCAUCCUCCACCCCAGCGUCUGGCGGCAGGAGGAUCCUGCGCACGCAGACCGCGGGCAACCUGGGCGAGUCCAUCGUCGCCAACGAGGUCGAGGCCAGCAACCCGCACGUCGCGUACCUAUGGGUGAUUGACGUGGACUACUGCGGCCUGGUGGGCGUCAUGCUCUUCAACCACUCGGAGGUGGACUUCAUCAUGAAGCCCGGCGAUCGCGCCGCACAGAUGAUCGUCCAGGUCAUUGCGAUGCCGGAGGUCGCCGAGGUGGAGGACCUCGACGCCACCGUCCGGCGGGAGGGAGUGUUUGGAUCCACCGACGUUUGA